AUGGGCGACAAAAGAUACUACACUUUGGCCGAAGGCUGCCCUUAUGCCAGCAACAACACGGCGGUUUUGAUGAAAGGGAAGCAGGGUGGUGGGCUCGCUCUGCUCCAAGACACACAGCUCAUCGAGACAUUGGCCCAUUUCUCUCGCGAAAGAAUUCCUGAGCGGGUCGUCCACGCCAAAGCUAUCGGAUCCUAUGGAGAAUUCGAAGUCACUCAAGAUUGCACCGAUUUCACCAGUGCCAGCUUUCUCAACAAAGUUGGGAAGAAGACCCCCGUUCUCCAGCGCGUUUCAACCGUCGGACCCGAGUCGGGAUCCGCGGAUACCUCUCGCGAUGUGCAUGGGGGGGCCAUGAAGUUCUACACGGACGAGGGAAACCUCGACUGGGUGUUUAACAACACGCCCGUCUUUUUCAUUCGAGAUCCGAUCAAAUUCCCGUCAAUGAACAGAUCCCACAAGCGGCACCCUCGAAGUCAUCUUCCCGACCCGAAUAUGGCAAGUCGUCAAUUUCCCACACGGAAUGAUUAUUUCCACGUUGGCAAUCCCGAAGGCAUCCACCAGCUCCUGGUUCUCUUUAGCGACCGUGGCACCCCAAGAUCGGUUCGCUACAUGAACUCGUACAGUGGCCACACGUACCGAUUCACCAAGCCGGAUGGAACGUUCAAAUAUGCCAAAAUCCACGUCAAAUCAGAGCAAGGAAUCGAGAAUUUCGAUCGUGAGGAGGCCACGCGGCUCGCCGGCGAGAACCCAGACUAUAUGAUCCAGGACAUGUUUGAGGCUAUUGAACGAGGCGACUAUCCAGCGUGGAAAGUGUACGUGCAGCUGAUGAGUCCCGAGGAAGCAGAGAAAUACCGGUGGAACAUCUUCGAUAUGACCAAGGUCUGGCCGCAUCGGGAUUUUCCUUUACGGGAAAUUGGGCGUCUCACGAUGAACCGAAACCCAAAUAACUACUUUACGGAUAUCGAGCAAGCUGCAUUUUCCCCUUCGACCAUGGUCCCCGGCUUUGCUGUGUCGGCUGACCCAGUCCUUCAAGCGCGACUAUUCGCCUACCCCGAUGCUGCCCGCUACCGACUCGGCGUGAACUACCAGCAAAUUCCUACCAACGCCGCCAAGGUGCAGGUGUACUGCCCUUUCGAGCGGGAUGGUGCGAUGAGAAUGGACGGCAAUUACGGCGGCGAUCCUAACUACGUUGGAUCCUCGAUUCAGCCCACCACCUUCUACCAAGACGUGAAGAAGACAACCCCCCAGGCACUGAACCUCAGUGGUGAACAUGAAAAGUGGGUGGGAGAGGUCUCGGCAUUCACCAGUCACAUCGUCGACGAUGACUUUGUUCAGCCGGCAGAGUUAUGGGAGGUCAUCGGAAGGGACCCUGGUCACCAAGAAAGGGUGAUCGAAAACCUCGUAGGCAGUCUGAUCAGGGUGAGAUAUCCCGAACUACGCAAGGCUGUCUACAGCCUUUUCAGUCGCGUCAACCAGGAUCUGGGGUCGAAAGUGCAAAAGCGCACCGAGGAAGAGAUCAAGGCCAUGUAG